AUGAAAUCACUUUCCUGGGAAGAAAGAGGCAUACGCGUUGAUAGAAGAUUUCUCUCGAACCUUCGUUUCGCGGACGAUAUCGUUCUCAGGGGAAACAGGGAAGAGAAUAGGACUGCGAAUAAACAGAGAACACAGUUAAUGAAGAACGCCUACUGCGAGAACGGAGGAGUAGAACUUGAAGGCUCCCAAAUCGUGGAAACUUCGUCAUACGUAUACCUCGGAUGUUCCAUGAACAUGGAAAACGACUUGAAGGAAGAACUGAGUAAAAGAAUGAGAGCAGCGUGGGCAGCAUUCGCACCUGUCAGGGAAACUACGGACCAAGGUGCGGAUCUUCCACCCCAUCUGUUCGACUCGACAGUUCUUCCAGCGCUCUGUUACGCAGCGGAGAUGUGGGCAGACACCGCUGCCACGUCUAGAAAGCCACUUACUACCCAAAAUGCCCUUGAAAGAUGCCUUCUGAAGUUUAACCGGCGCUUAAGAGGAAUGUCCCGAAGAAUCGACGAUAGAUGGACUAAAAGGACGCUAGAGUGGAUCCCAAGAGAUGUUAAACGCCCUCGUGGGAGACCGCCAACGAGAUAA